ACUGCACUCGUUGGGAAGACAGCUCAGCUGAACUGCAGGGUCCAUGAUCUUGGGAAUAGAACGGUGUCGUGGAUCCGGCACCGUGACAUCCACCUGCUGACGUCCGGUCGCAUGACUUACACAUCGGACCAGAGAUUCAUCAGUGUACAUAAUCCGCAUACAGAAGAUUGGAUACUGAAAAUACGGUUCCCGCAGCGUCGGGAUUCGGGCAUCUAUGAGUGCCAAGUCGGCACCACUCCGCCCAUCGGUCACCGGAUGCAUCUUUCCGUCGUUGAACCACUGACGACAAUCCUGGGAGGACCAGACCUGUUCAUCAACAUGGGAAGCACCAUCAACCUGACUUGCGUAGUGCAACACUCCCCUGAGCCACCCCCGGCUAUCAGGUGGACUCAUAAUGAAGAGGAAAUCAACUACGACUCCCCCCGCGGCGGGGUGUCGGUCAUCACAGAGAAGGGGGAGACAACCACAUCCCACCUUCUGGUGCAGCGGGCGAGAGUACCCGACACUGGCAAAUAUACCUGCGCCCCUGCCAACGCUAACCCGAAGUCUGUGCAGGUCCACGUUCUAAGUGGAGAACACCCAGCAGCGAUGCAGCAUGGAGGACAACUGCGUCUCCAGUACCCGCUCUCGGCGGCACUACUCAGCCUCAUCGUUACCUUUAUGGGCUGCUAG